AUGAUUAAUAUAUUUUGUCUAGAUCUCAAUCGUUACACUAAAUCAUAUGACAAUGGUCAAAAUAUUAUCUUUGAUACACCAAAUUUUGCAUUGAUUGAUUCUUUAUUUUCAUCAUCAUCAAUUAUUUCUAUCAAUCAGUCAAAAUCUUUCGUAUGUAAUCAUACAACAUGGUUAACACGGGACUUAUCAUCAAAUAACAAUUAUUUAAAUCAAUAUACAGAAAUUGCACGAUAUGAUUCGAUGGAAAACCGAUUUAUUCUUAACUCUUAUAAAAAUAAUUCCUAUACUAUUGAUUCAAAGAGUGGGGAAUUGACAUUAAUCAACACAAACGAUGAUAAUCUUCUUCAUACCGAGAUUAAUUUACAUAUAGAAUCAGGUUUGAGUCAACAUGAUGAUAUUAUUCAUGAUAUAUAUCGAUUGAUUCGAAUUUCUACUAGAACACUGAAUUGUACAACAAAUUUAACUGUCAACAUACAUGAAUCAAUUGAAAUAGCAUGCACCAUUGAAUAUGAAUUUUUAAAUUAUGAAGAUUUAGAUAAUUUUCACCCAAUGAUAAAUUUUACCUUUUUUAUCCGAGAAAAUAAUUCGACAUAUGAAAUUAUUGAUCAAAACUAUUUGAAUGAAAUACAAGAUUUCAAAAUAGAUGAUAAUUCGACGUUGAAUUGGAAACGUUCAAUUGCCUACACAAUAAAAUCAAUGAAUAAAGAAGGAAAUAAUCGAGAAUAUGGUUGCAUUGUUAUACCUGAUACGUCGAAGAAUGAAGAUCUAUUUCAAGAUAUGAAUCGAAUAUGUCGAAUUAAUGUUCAUGCUAAAAAUGGUAAUUCUUCAACAGUUAUAUUCUCAAGAUUAAAUCAAUGGGAUCUAAUAGAUAUAUUGAUAGUGGUUCUUAUCAUAUUUACUAGUCUAUUAUUUAUUAUAUCCAUCAUUUUAUGUUUAACAACGAAAAGAUCGAAUAAAAAGCGUAUUGUUCAAAUUAAACCAGAAAAUCAAACAAUAACAUUACCGUUGAAUACAAAACAAACAUUUUCCAAAGAGAGAUUGUUUUCAAAUAACAAUGAAAUCAAAUCUGAAACACCUUUACUUACGUCACAACAGUUCUCACAAAAUUCUAUAAAAACUCUCUCAUCUGAACAAAUUCAUCGACAUAAACCAGGUUGUCCAAAAUAUAUUCCAUCGACUGAACAUAAUCUAGUCGCAAGUAAUUUAUUUACACAUACGACUAUUGGUAAUAUUAAAAAAAUAAUUCUACCUGAUAUUCCUCAAAACAAUGAACUAUUCGAUGAUCAAACUUAUAUUCAUUUUUAUAUACCAUCAAAACAUGAGAAUAUAUCAUUGAAAAAACUUCAUUCAUCUUUCAUUGAAAAAGACGCAUCUUCUUCUGAUUAA